AUGAGAUUUGCCUUGUUUUGCGUGUCCAUACAUUUGCUUUUUCUGGGUCAUGUGAUAGCAAGGGCAGCACAAUCAGUGAGACUUCAAAGCCGCCGAUUUAAGUCGUCACAUCGAAUUCAUUCAAGGUUAUACAGUCAUGGAAAGAAUCAAAUUGACAAGAACAACAAGCAUGGUAUGUAAGGCGAUGUAAAAGUUAACAAUAAUACAUUCGUAUGUUUAGUCAGUGACAUCAUGAACUAUUGAGUGUAUUUUUAUUGUUUUUGAACUUAAGAAUAAAUAAAUCUUAUACUAAAAGACAGCUCACUCUUGACAAGAGUCUGCAUUCCGUUAGGCAGCGAUCUCAAGACGAUAUUUCUAUAUUUGCACUCCAAAUGUGAUUUGCCUUUAUAAGCAUGACUGUUAAGAAUAAUUGCGACUGAUAAUCGCAGUUUCUUUUUUUUUUUUAAUUUUAGAUGACCCGUCACACCAACAUUGUCUUCUCUUUUUUUAGUUAAAAAAAAGGGUCCAUGUUGUUAUUCUGAUCCAAAAAGAGCCGUCAUUAUCCUUUCAUUAUUAAUUCCCCUGUGGUUCCAAACGACUGGCAAAGAUAGGUUUGAAAUACAUUGAACUUAGUUAAACUUCUUUCCCACCUGUAUAAAUUUCUUUAAAAUUUCAUUUGUUUCCUCAGGAUUAAAAAGAAUCUCUCCUUUGAGGCGACAGUGCUAAUCACAUGUUUUUAAGACCGACCUAUUAUACAUGGCUUGAGAUAAGCUGACUUAUCCCUCUUUUUUUACAGGGCCAGGAAGUGUACCAAUGAAUGUGAGGCAUAGACAUCUUUUUCAUUCGAUAUUUAAGCACCGUAAAAAGUUCUUAAAUGCUAAAGGUUCCCCAAAAGAAGUGAUCGUCAGGGUGAAUGGACAAAAUGUUUAUUCCAGCAAAGCUCAAGGAUCAAACUUCUCCAUCAAUGCUAGCGUACCAACGACUUCUCCUCCUCCUCCUCCUUCGCCUCAAACACACAAUAUCAACCUCCACAUUAACCUUACUAGACCAGUAAGCCCCCCUGGGAGACCAAGUAACCAGCCGAUUAUCAUAGCUCCCCCACCGAGGCCACAGCCAGUUGUAGCUAUAGUUCCUCCGAUGGCAUCACAACCUGCGCCAGUACAAGUUCAACCCAUGGUGGUUCCUCAAGUACAACCUCAAGUACUACCACUUCCUGCUUCCGCCACUGCACCAGCACCCCCUGAAAAGAAGGGCCAAUCAAGUCUCAGUAAAAUAUUACUUACGGCUGCUUUGUUGAAGACUCUAUCGGGAGGAGACUCUUCUGAAAGCGCAACACAAGGAUUUCCAUCAUUGAUGCAAAACCCACUUGCCUCUAAUGGCUAUUCUCUUAAUUCUCUGCUCCCGGGUACUUCAGGUGUUGCUGCUUUGCCAUCAAUAGGGAAUCUUCCUCUGGGCUAUCCUCAGAUUGCGACUCAGCCCGUCGGAAAUCCCUCACUGGGAUAUCCUCAAGGUAAUCUCCCAGUAUUAGGAUACCCAGCGCAAACUGUUCCACAAACAGGGUCACAAGCCUUGGGAUAUCCAGCAACGUCAGGCGUCCUAGGAGGCCUUAAUGCGGCAAAACCUGGCGUCAUGGGAUAUCCAGCCGUUGGCACAAACAUGGGAUAUCCAGCCGUUGGCACAAACAUGGGAUAUCCAGCCGUUGGCACAAACAUGGGAUAUCCAGCCGUUGGCACAAACAUGGGACAUCCAGCCGUUGGCACAAACAUGGGAUAUCCAUCCACGGGAAAUCCAAGCAUGGGAUAUCCCGCUGUAGGGAAUCCAAGCUUGGGAUAUCCUGCCGUUGGGAACCCUAAUGUGGGAAAUCCUGUUUUAGGAAACCCAUAUUUGGGCUACCCUGCAAGGGGUGUCCUGCCGGGCGGUGUAAACCAGAACGUAAGGUAUCCUGCCAAUUGGAAUCCAAAUAACAGGUAUUUAGACGGCAAUAAGCAAAGCAGUAGAGAUCCUAUUAGUGGGAAUCAAAACUUGGGCUACCCGGGAGGAGCUAAUCAAAACGUAGGGAAUCCAUCCGGAACCACCCAGAACUUGGGUUUUCCUGCUGCUGCGAGCCAAAAUAUGGAUGCUGAAGCAACGAUACCAAACUUUCUGAGUGGGCUAGCUCCUGAACCUUCUGCUAGCCCUCUUGAGGCUAACAAUCCACCUUUACCUGGUCCAUCACCUGGUGUACAAUCAAAUGCACCAACCGCUACUGUGCCUCCUCCAGUAUCUUAUAAUGCCCUAUUGCCUGCGAAUGCGUCGCCUGUUGGUACCGCUGGUGGGAACCCUAACCUUGCUCAAGGUCAGGGCCAGACUGACACUUCAGAAACACCCGUUGUGCAGCCUAAUGUAGGAGUAGCAGGGACACCUGGAGUAGUGACAGGUCUCUCUCAAGCUCAAGGACAGGGCACUGGCACAGUUCUGCCUGCAACAACAUCAGCAGGUGUUCCAGGAUUUGAUCCCAGUUUGUGUUGGUGUGGUUGCGAGCCGACGUGUGCUAAUCCGUGUGACCUGUGCAAUAGUAGCACAGAGAAUAGUUAUGGCAACAUUUUAAAUCAGUACAAUACUGGCUCAAUAAAUCCUUCCAAUGGACGGAAGAAAUAAUCGUUCGUAAUCAGCAGAGGCUUCCUCGAAAUUUUUGUAAGAGAGUUAGAGAGAGGUCUUCGUUUUCUUAUAUUGUAUUAUUCUUCAUUGUCAGCAAGGCUGAAAUGAUAAGUAGUGGAGACCUCAACAUGAAAGUGUAUUGUUAAUCUCACUGGCAUUUCUGAAAAUUGACUUGAUAUAUUGGUAUGCCGUAUGUAUUGGUGCUUGGUUAGUAGCUCGAAGUUAAAUUGUCUUUGAGAGAAAAAGACCAGAUUGGCGCCAGAUUUCCUCUCAUGAAAGGUGGAAAUAAACAGUAGCUCAGAAUAUUUUAUUCCAAUUUACGACAGCUAUGAGGUUUUAAAAUGGCUAGGAUAAAAUUGAAUCAAUGUACGGUUCAACUUAGUGUAGUUUGAGGGUCCCCUAUCAGAGUAGACUGCUCUUGUGGUUACUGAAGUUUGAAAAGCUUGUUACUUAGCAACUCACUUUCCCACUUACUUAGUCAGAGAACGAAGUGAGCCGUGCUGAAUGGGAUGGCAAAAUAUAUCACGUCGGGCUAAGAUGAUGGGUCUUCAUUGGCACAUUUCAAGUUUCUUCGUUCACAGACUUUGGUGCUAGAUAAUCCUUUUGCAUAGAGAUACAUUUUAAACAAUUUAUAUUAAAAAGGUUUUUUAUUCAACGUUCAUGUUGUUCUGUGAUAAUUGUCCUUGUACAUUCUGUUUCAACAAUUAUCGUCGAUAACAAUGACAAAAGUCUCGACAACUUGAUCUGCAAUUGUUAUCGAAGUCAAUGAUGACUUCCGUUCCGGUUGGUAAAUGUCAUUCACCGGUACUGGUAUGGGGUGAUGGCUGUUACAACAAACGAUCAGCAUGUUUCCAUUGUUAUCACCAGAAUUAUUUUUACGGUUAAUUUUAUUCACCACUAAUGAUUAAAAUGUUUGUCAAUUUUUACCACGAAGGCUAACGGUUAACCCCACUGAGACCCCUGUUACCGAAAUUAGUCCCCCUCAGAACUAGCCUCGCCCUGAAGAUCAUAUGAUGCACUAGACUGUUGCUCCCACCCUCAGAAUACUUAAUAGGUUUGAACUGCACUGCACGAAAGCGCUUGAACCUGCCCUGGGCAGAGGCUUUUCAUUCACUAGACUUUUGCAAUUCUAUAAAAUAUUUUUUAAUGCAUAAGCAAUUACUUUCCCCCGCAAAAUGCUUGUGAAUGGUUUCCUCCAACUAAUUUGAAAAGCUUUCAAAAUAACAGUCAGUUAAGUGUAUUGUCAAGACAUCAGAACUAUUCUUGAAGUAAUCAAUUCUAAUCUACAUCUUUUCCUUAAUUUGCAUUUCUUGCCACGCAAGUAGCUCAGGAUAUUUCAGACGAAGAUGAAGUAAUUCUAGAAGCGGUCAAAUGCUAUGACGAAUUGAUUGCAUGCAGGGGAAGAACUAAUUUGUAGAUGAUCUUAUGGACUCAGACCAUUUUUAUGGCCAUUGAUUUGUACUGAUUUUUUUGUUCAAUUUCCUCCUUUCUUGUUGAACAAAUGAGCAUUAUCGAAGCGCCUGUAACAGUCAACGGGUAAUUCAUUACCCUGCUUUCUUUUCGUAGUCGUAAGAGGAAGUAGGAUUCCAUAACAAUGGAAGUUUUGGUUUAAGAAACUUCCAUCACGACUCAUCUAACGACUCAUCUAACUUUAUUUUAUGAGUCACGAAAGAAAGAAAGAUUACUUGUAAGCAGUCAAACUAAUCUUCCCAUAUCUAAAAAAAUUAAGAAAGGAUCACUCAGGAACAAUGCAAAACCAGUUUUGUCGACUGGUGUUUAUAAAUAUUUGAUUCAUGGCGUUCGAGUUAAACGGGGCAUUUACAGCACUUUAGUGCUAGGUAAUAAAACAUGGAAAGAAAUAAGGUUUGUGACCCAUAACUCAUAGUAUGAAAAUCAAGGGAGAGUUUCUUCUGCUAUGGCAAGUUCUGUGUGUACAUUGGGUGAUCACUCUGGCUGGAUAUCAUAGAAAAAACGGCCAAAGGUCACGAACAGAAUCUGACUUGAAGGAUAGGAGACACAAAUUAAACAACUACUUUCUCCAAAGGAGGAUAAAAGGUAAGAGUUGAGUGGAAAUGUUAUCAUGAACUAUCUUUUUUUCUGUUAGUUGAAGUGUAACCGGAGUGGAUAUAAGAUGUGAGCGAGACAAGGAUGACCAAACAUUAAGUAUUAGCAAACUUAAUCUUCCCAUCCUUUACUUGACAAUGAGAUUGAACCGUGAAGCACACGAUCUGUAGAGACAGUAUUUAUCACAUAUAUACAAUUAGAGGCUGGAAAAAUAACAGAAGGUGAUUGAAGUUAGCAUCGACCCUGUCGAAUGUGAUAUUAUCCGUGAAGUGAUAAUUUGGCUCAGCCGCGGUUGACGUGACAAAAAGUUGCCGAAAAAUGAAAACAGAUCAUACGAAAACGCUGUUUGUAUAAAUUUUUCAGGAUGUUUUAACUUUGUGUGAGAUGAAGUGAAAAAUGGUCGUUUCCUGUUGAUGAGGUAUCGGGUUUCAAUAUCAGUAACAAAAUCAAUGUUUGCACAAAUUUGGUUGCAACUUCAAUUCAGAUAUGCCUUUUGUAUCGAAAUGACGGCUGAAAUCUGCUGCAGGGCAUGCUGUUACACUGCGCUUUAACGUGAUUUGAUAUUAAAACGCUCGACCUUUAAACUUAGAAGAGACAGUCAUAUGAACUACAUGCCACGAAUCAACCUGACGUUAAGAUGAUACUAAGGAUGAAAAAUGUAUUCAUUUAUUAUUUCAUACAAUUCAUUGGUACAUUAAUUGAAAUUCAAAAAGAGUGCUCACGAUAUAAAUAAGAGGAAAUAUGUUAGAUUACAAGUAGCAUAGUACAAGUUCGAAAACUGCCUUCAAAUGGGAAAAAAAAGUAGACGGAGAUCGUAGUUUUAAAAAUGACUCAGCAACCUGACUGGACAUGUGAAACGAACGUGUAAUUAACGAGCAUCCGCUAGGAAAGCCUUCGAAUAGAAAAAAAAUAAUUUGAAUCAUAUAUGCAUUCUUUGUAGCUUCCAGUAGUUUAAAAUAGAUCGCGAUGAGAUUGAAAAGAAGGCUGCGGGAUUUCGUUAUGUCAGGGUAGAGAGAUUGAACAUGGAAUCGUCUUUGGUCCAAUAAUUUUCUUAGAGUUGAAAUUAAGUAAUGAUUUCAAGAUAAUUUUCAAAGGAUGAUAUAAGAAUCAUUUGGCUUUCGGAUCUUUUACUUCUGCCAUAAAAUGCGUGGAUUAGUGACGUUCCGAAUGACCAGGAUUGUAUUUUCAAUCAUUUAUAAGAAUGAACUAAGGUACCUCCUAAUAUGAGUAGUGCUCAAGUGUAUUGUGGAGUUUUUACAUCAAGUGAUCUAACACUGGGGGGAUGACCAUGGAAACUCUUUAGAUCAUUAUAGUACACUACUCUGAACUACAAUCGUGUGGUCCCUUUUAUUCGUGGUAGUCUGAGAAAAUGCAAAGGACAAUCGAGUAUAAACUUUCAAAAUGUAGUGGUGCAUGUUUUUUUUCCUCUCUACAACAAUUUGGUGCAUCCAACCCCGCAUUUAUAAUCUUCUCAAUUAGUAAAGAAUUUUGCAUCAAGGCUGUGAAGUGUCGUUCGGAGUGAUUCAAAACCUAUAUCAAUUGUUUGUCAAAAAUGACUAAAUAAAUAUACGUAUUGAUGUUACCAUUUUACUACCAGAAAACAGUAAGAAUUGUGGUUCAGGAAAUUGAGCUGGAGAGUGUAAGGGUAAGAUAGAAUUAGGACUACAGCCACGUGUUUCAGAGCAAUAUUUUACACCGAGAACAUGUGCAGUAAAGGUGAAAGAAUUCUAACUCAAAUCCUUCUAUUUUAGGAUCUCUUCACCAUCCGCUUAAUCAUCUAGGAUCCAUCAGGCGAUCUUUUAUCGGGCGUAAGGUACACGUUAAGGGUGCACCAAAAGGUGUUAUCGUGACCAUAAAUGGGCAAAGAGUUGACCCAAAUACUGGCAGCACAAUAUUACCCAUACAGCCACCUCAGCCAGCACCCCAGCCAGUACCACUACCAGGUCGGAAUGUUCCCAUUAAUGUUCAUGUUCACGUAAAUAAAAAAUACAACGAUGCCAACAUCAUUGGUCAACGUAAGCAACCCAUUAUAAUCACUGCACCCAAUCCUUAUCGAGCUGUGAGACCAAUUGUGAUUCCGAUGCCAGCACAAGUGCCAGCUCCACAGCCCUUUAUAUUACCUGCUCCAUUACCUCCUCCUCCGCUUCCGGCUGUCCUUCCAGCGCCUGUUCCAUUACCUUUACCAGCACCUCUACCACCACCAGUUGCCAUUCCAGUUCCAGCUCCAGCUCCAGCUCCACCUCCAGAUAAAGAAGACUCAAACUUUGCAGAAAUUCUUCAAACAGCUGCAUUGCUUAACACUCUAAACAAAAAAGAGGAAAGUCGCCCAAAAGUUAUACCAGUUGUUCAGCCUGUAAUUACUCCAAUGGCUUAUCAGCCCGGCAGAAAUCCAGCGCAGGGAUAUCCAGCGCAUGGAAAUCCGAAUCAAGGAUAUCCGCCGGAUGAAAAUCCAAAUCAGGGAUAUCCGGCAGGUGAAAAUCCAAAUCAGGGAUAUCCGGCGGGUGAAAAUCCAAAUCAGGGAUAUCCAGCAGGUGAAAAUCAUAACCAGGGAUAUCCAGCCGGUGGUGGGAAUCAAAAUCAAGGAUAUCCAGCAGGCGGAAGCCAAAACCAAGCCACAGCAGGAAAAGCUCCAGUAGGAGGUACAAAUACUCUUUCUGGACUAUCUGGAAUCUUGCCUUUGUUGCUUCCCUUCAAUUGUAGAUGUGGAUGCGAAAGAAGGUGCCCGGACCUUUGCAACCUUUGCAAAGACGUCGACGAGGAAAUAAUUGACACAUUAGACUGUUGUAAGUCAAUGCCAUGUCCCUGUGUAAAUGCCGCAGCAGGCACACAGCCUGUAGGGGCAACUGCAACAGGAACUGUGUCAGCUCCCAGUGGGGGUGCCGUAGUUCCUCAGCUGCAACAAGGUGUUGUGCAGCCGGCACCAGCAUCAACCGUAAACCAGAUACAACCUAUGCAAAUCUCUAACGGUGCUACUGCCCUUGCAGCUCCCCCCCAACCUGGUCUGGUGCCACCAUCGCAGCCAGCUUCAGCUCCACCUCUCCCUUCAUUAUCUGUAUUACCUGGACCUCAGGCUCCCGGUGUAUCAUCGCAACUUGCAUCAGCACCACCUCUGCCCUCUCUAGGGCGGCCAGCCUCAGCGCCUCCUCUCACUUCAUCAUCUGCAUUACCUGGACCUCAGCAACCUGGUCCAGCAUUACAGCCAGCUUCAGCGUCCCCACUUCUGCCACUUGUUCCUACAUUACCACAAGCCCCUAAUCCUCCUGUUGUUUCAUCGCCUGGAACUCAGUCUUCUGGCACAGCAUCUCAGCCGUCUGCUCAAGCACCUAAACCUUCAUCACCUGGUUCUGCUCUAGCGCCUGCUGUUCCACCCCCACUCCCACCCAAACCAGAAAUUUCUCCUCCAAAAAAAACCUCAUCAAAGCCAGGUCAGGUCCCGGCUCCUGUAUCCCCUGAAGCUGUUCCACCACCUGAGCCAGAAAUUCCAGCUCCAGGUCCUCCUGGUUCGACUGUCCCACCUAAGCCGGAGAUUCCAGGAAAAGGGAUAAGUACUGGAACGAGUACUGAACCGCCUGGGAACGAAAAUACUGCACCUGAAUUAGAGCCACCUCCCACUGAUACAGGUUCUCCAGGUCCUGACAAUUCAAAGACUCAAGGUGAGUUAGUUGCUCCUCCUCCGGACAACUACGGACCCAUCGAGAUACCAACAGUUCCAGUCUUACCGGGUGAAUCACCAACCACUGGUGAGUAUCACGUUUUGAGAAAUUAUAAGUAAAACCGUCUUUGGAGCAGGCACGUUUCUUAAACAUAAUUUUAAAACCGUUGGGACGUAAAGAAUGUUGUAUUUGCAGUAUCCUUUUUGAAGAAAACUGCGUUGAAAGAUAAUCAAGGAAAAUUUCUGUAGACGUAACUUCAUUUUAUUAAAUGGAAAUGAGGAAAAGGUCGAGUUUAACGCGUGAAAUGUUACAAAGAAGAAAAAAAGCAUAGUUGGAUCUAAUGAUCUACUAUCCUUUUGAAUUGAUGAGUGAUCGAAAUGGAAUGCUCUCCAAACUCUUAUCUGUUGGAUGGUUAUUUCUACAAUAGACUCCUUGAGAAGUUUACUGACAGCUUUUCGUACUUUUUGAAAAUAUGUUGUUGCUGAUUUGUAGGUCUCUAUAUAAAAAUGUUCUCUUUGUGCUGAUUUGAAUAUAUUUAUGUAGAAAUGCUGGAAUGCUUUGUUAAGUGUUUCCAUUAUCUUUUAGCGAUUUUCAUUGUAGACUUCAAACCUGAGCAUAUCACCUUUAAAGUCUAAAUCAAGCUGAUGGUGUGCUUGGCUGGAAGCAGUUUCGAGAUAUUAUUCUCUUUCUUUAUGUGACAUUCAAAUCUAUUCUUCCCAUUUCCAGGUCCUUCUCAAACUACAAGUUAUCCUGUUGGUCCAGGGCCACCUGGCGCGAAUCCAGCACCUCCUAGUUCAUCUACCUCUUCCACAAAUCCUUCGCCCCCUCUUCCGUCAUUGCCACUCAUGAAGAAUGCAUAUCCAGUUCCUCCUCCAGCCCCUCAGGUAUUUAUCAUAAAGGAAAAUAGCAAUCCAACAAGAGGCCCAGAGGACAGUAAAAGUGCUGAGGCACUCAAUAGUUUAAGCGAGUCAUUUGAAAGUGCUUUCAAAGAAGCGCUUAAAUCAGAACGAAGGAAAAUAGGAAAAUAUAGAAGUCAUGCUAAAGGGCAUUUUAGUAUUAAACCCGAGGAAGAAGACAAUUGGAAUACAAAAGACAGCGAAACAGAUGAUCAAGAGGAGGAGGAGGACGAGGAGAAGGUGCAGUCUCAUGGCGGCUCUCGGAGAGAUUUCACUGACGGGGAAGACAGUAAACUCAACGAGGAUUUUUCUAACGAUGAUAUAAAUGAUAAUGGCAAUGAAGAUGACAGUAAUGAUGAUGAUGGUAUUGAUGAUAAUCAUGAUAAUAAUGCUGAUUCUAAUACUGAUGAAAUACAUGAUGAUGAUCAUAGCGAUGAUAAUAGUGAUGACGAUGGCAAUAAUAUUGAUAUCAAGGCGGAAAAAGAGCCGCCAUACGACUUGGACCAACCUCGUCAUUCUCAUGCUCUACCAUACUUCAGAGGAAAUGAGCAAAGAUACGAGGGAAGACGCAAAAUGCAUCCGACAAAUAAAGGAAGGAAGUAUCUAAGACUUCAUGAUCGGCAUCGAAAUGGAAAACAACGCAAUGAAGAAACGAGAGAGAGUGAGCUGUUGUAUGAUCGUUCAGUCAACGGUGCUCUCAACCGUGAUCGUAACAAUGUUCAUUCUCGCUAUCACAGAAAGAAAUUUCCAUUAUCUAAAACAGAAGAGGACAAGGAAAUGUCACCAGAACAUGAUUCCAAUUCAAUCCAUGUAGAGAAUGUUCAAUACAAUCCAUUGGAAAAUACUGAAAUUUCCCGCCUUCGUCAUGGAGGUGCAAGUAGGACUUUCGAGAGCCCAAAGCAUAGUUUAAAAUCUCUAGAAUCCCCUAAGGAAAAGCACCAUGUGCCUUAUAAUCAUGAUAGAAUCAAAUUUCGUCAUUUUCAGGACAAAGGCUCAGACAAGCAUGCAGGCCACGAUAAAGAGGGUGACCACACCUUCAUCAAGGAAAAUCAUGGUCAUCAUUUGAGCCAAUCAAAAACUGCAAUGUUACCUGAAGAUGAAAUCACUGAAGAGUCAGCCUCAACAAUUGAAGAAACUAGUUAUUCAGGGCAUAAUGAGAAGGUUAAAUCCUUAAAGUCAUUGAAGAAUUUCUUAACUUAUACACACUACGCGAAAGGUGCGUCUCAUCACCUUGUAGAAGACACUCGCACUAAAGACAAAAAAACUCCUCUUGGUACUGUGGAGUCAUUUAAAUCAGGCAAUCAUAGGCAUUUUAGCAAACAUAGCAAAUCAAAACAGGAAAAGGACAUUGCAGAGGAUUAUAGUGAGAAUUCGGGUAAUGAAUCUGGUCAAAAUUAUAACAGUGGCGAUUAUGAAGAUAUUGGCAGCUAGGCAAAUUUAAGCUCAUCGUUUAAAAAUAAGGUUUCUUGUAAUAAUGUAGACAACUGUCACUUUAAAUCAAAAAAAAGUUUUUUCUUUCUUUCUCUGGCUGAAUUUAUUUUGUCUCAUUUUAGUCAUAGGAGGGCUUUUUUAUGAUGUGAAUCGCGAAAUGCACAUGUAUGUUUUUCCUUAGCUUUCGAUUAGGUUUGCUUUUUCUGCGAGAAUAUUACAGCUGACUGUUUUCAACAGUUGUGGGCUUUCAAAGGAUAUUUAUAUCGACCUUGCAAUUACGUUAUAUGUCUUUUUAGACGGGACACGUAUCGAGUGAAGAGAGUUCACAUGGAGGUAGAGGACCUCAGGUAGGUGAGGUAACCCGCCAAGCUGAGGUGGAAAAAUAGCCCGCGUUUACAUACAAUCUUACAACCCCGGGAUCCCUGGUUGAAGUUACUUUAGAGGUUACUGGCGCACUUGUAAGUGCAACAUGAGCGUAACCCCGGCUUGGCGGUUACCCCACCUUGACACGUUUACAUUGCAAAUCGUGACCCUAGCUGUCAGGGUUAUCCUACCCAGCAGACCAGGCAACCCGCCUGGCUGGGUCACCCCACUUAUCAUGUAAACGUGAUCAAGAUAAAAUAAGAGAUUGUAUGGACAGGCGGGUUACCCCAACUAGGCGAGUCACCUCAUUUACCAGGGGUCUCCCACCUCCUUUAAAACAGGCCCUUAACAAAUUUGUACUUUACGGGGUCAUUGGUCAUUUGCCUGUUGAAUGCGGAGAACGAGGUAUGCGCAGUUCGAAGGAGGGAGAGGAUUUACAGUACCGACUUUUAGUCAACUUUGAGUUAAGUUGUGCUGUUUUCCUGAUAAAAGUAAACAUGACUAUUGUAUUUUUUUCUCAGAGGGCACGGUAACGAAUCCUGCAAUCUGA